UACUCGCAUUCCCACCACACACCCUCGGCCUCGGAACGCCCCCAGUUUGCGAUAUCCUGCCGCGUUGACCCAAAGCCCAGAUUCAGUACGACGGCUUUCCCCUUCCCUCUUCCCUCCCUCAUCCCAUUUGCUUGAUGAAACUUCUCCAGAUCCAUUUCCUCCUUGCCACCAAGCGCAGGGGAAGACGGCGGGUUCGGUUGGAGCUAGCUAGGGUGAGGCCGCAAUCCAUUGGCAGCUUAUCAUUCCAUUGAUUCUGCACAAGUGAGUAGCGAAGAGAUGGAAGGAAUCCUGGUGAGUGCCGCCACGGGGGUCCUGAAAUCCCUCCUCUGCAAGCUCGCCGCACUGCUGGAGGGGGAGUACAGGAUGCACAAGGGCCUGCGGCGCGACAUCGCCUUCCUCAAGGAUGAGCUGAGCAGCAUGAAUGCUCUCCUGGAGAAGCUGGCCGAGGCGGAGGCUCUCGACACGCAGCUCAGGGAGUGGAGGGACCAAGUGAGGGAGAUGGCCUAUGAGAUCGAGGAUUACAUCGACAGGUACAUGAAUCACCACGUCCACCGUGAUCCGGACAAGCCUAACGCCGUCAUGGAGCUCUUUUGGAAGGGCGUCUGCAAGGUGAAAAGCUUUGGAGCUCACCAUGAGAUGGCGGUGCAAAUCAAAGAACUCAAGUCCCGCAUCAUCGAGGCAAGUCAGCGCCGUGACAGGUACAGGCUUGACGCGAUGGUCUGUUCUGCGAGCUCCAAUGCUGCGCGCACCGACCCUCGGUUGCCUGCCCUCUUUGUGGAGGGAGCCAGCCUUGUUGGCAUUGAUGGUCCAAAGGAUGAGUUAAUUAAGUUGGUCACGGAUGAGGAGCUCGCACUGAAGGUUGUUUCUCUCAUAGGCUUUGGAGGGUCAGGGAAGACAACUCUUGCUAAUCAAGUAUACCAAAAAACUGGUAAACUGUUCAAUUGCCAAGCUUUUGUGUCGGUGUCGCAAAAUCCUGACAUAAGAAAGAUUUUGCGGUCCAUGCUCUCUCAAAUAAGAAAGGAAGACUCUCCCAUUUCUCGAUCGAGCGAUGAGGCGUGGCUCAUCAACUCAAUGAGAGAUUUCUUGAAGGACAAGAGGUAUCUUAUAGUAAUUGAUGAUAUAUGGAGUAUCCAAGUGUGGAAGACUAUCAAGUGUGCCUUGCUUGAAAAUUCCUGUGGUAGUAGAAUAAUAGUGACAAGAAGGGGAGCCUUGGCGCAGUGGUAAAGCUGCUGCCUUGUGACCAUGAGGUCAUGGGUUCAAGUCCUGGAAACAGCCUCUUACAGAAAUGUAGGGAAAGGCUGCGUACUAUAGACCCAAAGUGGUCGGACCCUUCCCUGGACCCUGCGCAAGCGGGAGCUACAUGCACCAGGUUGCCCUUUUUUAGUAGAAUAAUAGUGACAACACGAAAUGUCAGUGUUGCCAAGUCAUGUUGCUUCCCUCGCCUUGACCUUGCAUAUGAAUUAAGGCCUCUGACUGAAGCUGAUUCGAAAAUCUUGUUCUUUACAAGAGUUUUUGGCUCUGUGGAAAAAUGCCCACUUCACCUGAAUGAAAUUUCAACUGAGAUCAUAAAAAAGUGUGGUGGUUUACCAUUAGCAAUCAUCACAAUUGGUAGUUUGUUGACCACAAAAAUCCGAUAGCAGAGAAGACUGGAUCAGGGUUCGAAAUUCGAUUGGUCGAGGACUUGAGAAAAACCCUCAUGUGGAGGAAAUGGAAAGGAUUUUAUCACUUAGCUAUAAUGAUCUUACUCUCCAACUGAAGACCUGCCUGCUGUAUUUAAGUAUGUAUCCGGAAGAUUAUGAGGUCCAAAUGGAAGAUUUGGUGAGGAGGUGGAUAGCAGAAAGAUUUGUUAAGGUUGUUGGUGGGAAAAAUUUAUUUGACACAGGAAAAGAUUAUUUCUAUGAACUGAUAAACAGAAACAUGAUACAACCAACAUAUAUCAACUAUGAUGGUCAAGCAAUGGCAUGCCGUGUGCAUGAUAUGAUCCGUGAUCUCAUUAUAUCCAAGGCAGUGGAAGAAAAUUUUAUCACUUCUAGUGGUCAUCAAACACAUAGCCUGGUUUCACAGCAUAAAGUUCGCCGACUCUCGAUUGACUACCGUGGCCUAGAAAAUGUGAAGACAGUGUCAUCCAUGGUCACUGCUCAUGUUCGAACCCUUGGCGUCUUUGGAUGUACUGAUCAAGUACCUCCCCUUUCGGAAUUUCCGGCCCUGAGAAUGCUUGCUCUAGACAGGAGUGAGGAGUUGGAAAUUGGUUAUCUUAAAAAUAUAACAAAGUUGUGUCUGUUGAGGUACCUGCGGAUUGAAGGAAGCUGCAUUACAGAACUCCCUGAACAGAUCGGAGAUCUACAGUGUUUGGAGAUGCUGGAUUUACAUGGUACUGGUAUAAGGGAAUUGCCAGCAAGUAUUGUUCAGCUGCUGCAACUGAAACUGCUACUUGUUGAUGGCGCAAAACUACCACAUGGCAUUGGGAACAUGCAAGGCCUAGAGGAACUGUCAUGCGUAACUGUGGACGACAGUACCUCAAUCAAUCUCUUGCAGGAGUUGGGAAGUUUGACUAGAAUGAGAAUUCUUGGCCUGAAGUUGUGCAUGAGCGCACAUAAGACAAGCACAAGUUAUGUGGAUAGAUUGGUUUCAUCGCUUGGCAAACUUGGGAGCUCUCAGCUUGAGCGUCUGUUCGUCAAAACGGAUGGUCGUUUGAUUGACAUUCCAGUUGGUUCUUGGUCGCCGCCUCCCCGUCUCCUGCAGGAGCUAAUCACCUCUGAUUUGUGUCUCUGUCAGAUACCUGAUUGGAUGGCCUCAAUGGCCAGCCUCACCUGCCUUCAAAUCGGCGUUAAUCAAGUGACGCAGGAGACCCUUCUCGUGCUUGGUGGUUUGCCUGUCUUGUUAUCUCUGACGCUGAACUCCUCACAAAAUGCUGAACCCAAACAAAGGCUCGUGGUCAGCAACAACGUGUUCCGAUGCCUGAAGCGGUUCCUCCUCUAUUGUGAGGUGGGUCUUCUGACGUUUGAAGCCGGAGCCAUGCCAAAACUCAAAGCGCUCGAAUUUCAGAUUGUGGCGCUCGAAGCGAAAUCUGCGUGCAUCGCUCCCGACCUUGGCAUCAGCAACCUCUGUGCCCUUAGUGAUCUCUGCAUCUGGAUUGACUGCCAGGGUGAAAAGGCCGAGGAGGGGGUUCACGAGCUGGAGUCUGCAAUCAGGGUUGCGGCCAGCCUACUUCCCAACCGUCCUACACCGUAUUUCCAUAGGUUGUAUUGAGGUGGAGAUGAGAACGACUGAUGCAGCGUAAAGCCCAACCCAGAUUGUCUGGAUCUACUACGCUGUAUCACUUCUUCCUAUUUUAUCAUGCUGGGUCUGACAAUCCAAGAAGCUAUCUAGGGUUUCUGUAAACAAUUAUUUUCAUCUCAUAACUCUUGAAUAUAGAUUUCCCCAUCGCCCUAAAUUCAGAAAA